UCUACGCGCACACUCCCACGCGCACUUUAAUUUAAGACACCGUGCCCGCCGUGCAUCUCUAUAAAUAUCUCCGAUUCAUCCUCCGCUGUCACUAUUCACAUCUCUCACUCUCACUUGACUAUCUCGAAACUUCGUUGACAUUGCUCUGAGAUCUAAAACAAUGGCCAAGGAGCCAGUUCGCGUUCUUGUUACCGGAGCCGCUGGUCAAAUUGGAUAUGCGAUAGUUCCCAUGAUUGCCAGGGGAGUGAUGCUUGGAACUGACCAGCCAGUAAUUCUUCACAUGCUUGAUAUCCCACCUGCAGCAGAGGCAUUGAAUGGAGUGAAGAUGGAGUUGAUUGAUGCUGCAUUCCCUCUUCUUAAAGGUGUUGUUGCCACAACUGAUGUUGUUGAGGCAUGCACUGGAGUCAAUAUCGCAAUCAUGGUUGGUGGCUUCCCUAGGAAAGAAGGCAUGGAGAGGAAAGAUGUGAUGUCAAAGAACGUCUCAAUCUACAAAGCACAGGCCUCUGCUUUGGAAAAGCAUGCUGCUGCAAACUGCAAGGUUUUAGUUGUUGCAAAUCCAGCAAACACCAACGCAUUGAUUUUGAAGGAGUUUGCACCCUCUAUCCCGGAGAAGAAUAUUACUUGCUUGACCAGACUGGAUCAUAACAGGGCAUUGGGUCAAAUCUCUGAGAGACUGAAUGUUCAGGUAUCUGAUGUCAAGAAUGUGAUCAUCUGGGGGAACCAUUCAUCAACUCAGUACCCUGAUGUUAACCAUGCAACUGUCAAGACUCCAUCUGGCGAAAAGCCUGUCCGUGGGCUUGUCAAAGACGAUACAUGGUUGAAUGGAGAAUUCAUCACCACUGUCCAGCAACGUGGUGCUGCAAUCAUCAAAGCCAGAAAGCUCUCAAGUGCCCUGUCUGCUGCCAGCUCUGCUUGUGACCACAUUCGCGAUUGGGUCCUUGGAACACCCAAGGGCACUUGGGUCUCCAUGGGGGUUUACUCUGAUGGUUUAUACAAUGUACCAGCUGGACUCAUUUACUCCUUCCCAGUAACCUGUCAGAAUGGAGAAUGGACAGUUGUUCAAGGACUUAAAAUUGAUGAGUUCUCAAGGAAGAAGUUAGACGAUACAGCAGCAGAGCUGUCUGAGGAGAAGGCUUUAGCAUACUCAUGUCUCUCAUAAAUGCCAGUUUCCCUGUAAUGGUCUGUUACUGGUAAGAGUUCCCUCUCCCUUUGUAUCUGCGUAGAAGUAGCUACAAAUUUUAAUGAAGAUACAAUUGAUAAGAUGAGUAGCAACUGGUAAUGUUAGAGAAGCUGUAUCUUUGUAUCUCCACAUCGUGUGCCAUUAAAUAUAGGGAUUUUGAAUUUUCAGCCCUUGUCCUGGAUUUGAGAUUCUGACUUCUUAGAUGUAUUAUCAGGCCAUUGUGAUUUAUUCAUGUGAAUUGUUAUCA